CAGACUGAGGAGGACAAGAAAAACGUUGCCAGGCUGCAGGAUCUAGUUGACAAGUUGCAGCUCAAAGUCAAGGCGUACAAGAGGCAGGCUGAGGAGGCGGAGGAGCAGGCCAACACUCAUCUGUCCAAGUGCAGGAAGGUGCAGCAUGAGCUGGAAGAGGCUGAGGAGCGCGCUGACAUCGCAGAGUCCCAGGUCAACAAGUUGAGAGCGAAGAGCCGUGACUCUGGCAAGGGAAAAGACGCAGCUGAGUAA